CAGGAAGCACAGGGAAUCAAAAAAGGAAGGGACUGCGGGGACCGGGUCCAGCCCCCUUUUGCGUUCCUCUCACGUUGGGAUGGAUGUUUUUUUAAUUGCGAUUGAAUCGUGCGGUGCAGCGCUAGACGGGUUGCAAGUCGGAAGCGACGCCUUUUGACAACGGCUCCCUAAUUCCCGAGGCGAUCGCUCCUGCUGAUAUGUGAGCUCGCUCUCGGGCCUCGGCCUCCCUUUGGUUGCAGAAGUAAAGUUUAUCGUAAAUCAAGAACCCUGAUAAACACAGAAAAAAACUUCUUUUGCAGGAAUGAGGUUUUACCAUACCUGCAAGCUACCUGGAAGAAUUAUGGGUAUCCGGCUACUUCACUUUUCUUCUAUAGUGAUUUUUUUGCUGCUUCUGGUGGCAGGUGCAUUAACAGCUUUACUACCUAAUAUUAAGGAAGAUAAAAUGCUCACUUUGCGAAGGGAGAGAAAAUCCCAAAGCCAGUUGGCUUCAGAUUCAUUUACUCUUAUUAUGCAGACAUACAAUAGAACAGACUUACUCUUGAAGCUUUUAAAUCACUAUCAAGCAAUGCCUCACCUGCAAAAAGUGAUAGUUGUGUGGAAUAAUGUUGGGGAGAAAGCACCUGAAGAAACAUGGAAUACUUUGGGACCUCAUCCUGUCCCUGUCAUCUUCAAAGUGCAAACAGUAAAUCACAUGAGGAAUAGACUUCAGGUUUUCCCGGAGCUGGAAACAAAAGCUGUUUUGAUGAUGGAUGAUGAUACCCUAGUUAGCGCCUAUGACCUAGUUUUCGCUUUCUCCAUUUGGCAGCAAUUUCCAGAUCAGAUUGUUGGAUUUGUUCCCAGAAAGCACAUCCCCAGCCCUGCAGGGAUUUUCAGCUAUGGGAGUUUUGAACUUCAGGGUCCUGUCAUUGGUAAUGGAGACCAAUAUUCAAUGAUCCUAAUAGGAGCUGCCUUCUUCAACAGCGCAUAUCUAGAACUUUUUCAAAAGCAGCCUGAAGCUGUGCACGCCAUGAUCGAUGAGACUCAAAAUUGUGACGAUAUCGCCAUGAAUUUCUUGGUAGCCAAGCAUAUUGGAAAGCCAUCGGGUAUGUUUGUGAAGCCAGUAGACAUCAGGAAUUUAGAAAAAGAAAGCAACAGUGGUUAUUCUGGGAUGUGGCACCGGGCAGAACACUUGCUGCAAAGGUCCUACUGCCUUAAUAAAUUGGCUAGCAUCUACGGCAACAUGCCUUUAAAAUAUUCUAAUAUUAUGAUUUCCCAGUUUGGUUUUCCAAACUAUGCUAAUCACAAGAAUAAAGUAUAAGAAUAUGCUCCAGUAAAUGCUUCAACGUGCUUCUCAGCAAUUCAAAUAAUAUAUCAAGUAGGGAAGUCUGUAAAGAAAUCUGUAGGGUACUCAUUAUUUGGAGCUAAUUUCUGCAAGAGCUCUUUGGGGAUGUAAAGUCUGGGUGAUACAUUCCAUCUCUUGUACUCAGCAUGUGAAAGCUUUUUAUUUGGCUUUGCUAUUUAUCCCCAUUUCAGACAACCUCUCCUCCCACCCACCCCAAACAUUUGAA